UUCUGCUCAGUGCUUUUAUGGCUUCGUUGGUAACUUCAUAGUAAACCAGCUACUGCGAGUAUCUAUUUGAUUACCAUAUCAUCUGGAUCCAGAGAUCACUUUUACUAAAAUGUGGACUGCCAAAAAGCUUUGUAGUGCUCAAAUACUGUUGCUCCAGAUGAAAGAAGGCCAAUUGUGUAGUUGCAUGUUUCCCAAAACGUGGCAGUUCUGGAUUGGAAUUCCAAUCUAUUGCACUUUAGGAGUGCCACAUAACAGGGUUAAAUUCCAGGUUUCCAAGGUAAAUGAUAAACAAUCCGUAGUUGAUAGAAAAAUGGAUACUAGUGCGGAGGAAACCAAAAUAGCUGUUGGAAAAAGUCCCAGUGGAGUAUGUGAUGGAAGACAACAUUCAUUACAAGCCCAGAUGAGACACAUCAACUUGUCCUUUGCAGCUUGUGGCUUUCUGGGCAUUUACCACUUGGGGGCAGCAGCUGCUUUCCACAGGCAUGGUAAGAAGUUACUGAGAGAUGUGAAAGCUUUUGCGGGAGCUUCUGCGGGAUCUCUGGCUGCCGCUGUCUUGUUAGCAGUGCCAGAAAAUAUAGAGAAAUGUAAGCACUUUGCCUAUGGAUUUGCACAGGAAGUCAGAAGAUUGAACUUUGGUGCAGUAACGCCUGGUUAUGAUUUUAUGAAAACGCUUAGGGAGGGCAUAGAGUCUAUUCUUCCUCCUGAUGUUCAUGAGAUAGCUGAGAACCGGCUCUAUGUGUCGGUCACCAACUCCAAGAGUGGGGAAAAUCACUUGGUUUCAAAUUUUGCCUCCAGGGAGGACGUCAUUAAGGUCCUGCUAGCAAGUAGUUUUAUACCAGUGUAUGCAGGAAUUAAGCCAGUGGAAUUUAAAGGACAGAAGUGGGUUGAUGGUGGCCUUACCAAUGGCCUUCCUAUUUUGCCUGUUGGAAGAACGGUGACAAUUUCCCCUUUCAGCGGUCGGUUGGAUAUCUGUCCACAAGAUAAAGGGCGUGUGGACCUGUAUGUCAAAUUAGCAAAACAAGAUAUGAUGCUGUCUCUGGCCAACCUAGUAAGGCUUAAUCAAGCGUUGUUCCCACCAGACCAGGAGAAAAUGGAAUCAUUGUACCAAAAUGGCUUUGAUGAUGCUGUACGCUUCUUAUUGAAAGAGAACUGGUUUGAGUAGACAGCUCACAGAAAAUUAGCAAAACAUGAGGGAUGUCAAAACACACCUACAGGCAUCCUAGAGAAUCUCAGGGAUUGCUGCCCCAGUUGCUGUUCAUGAAAAUAAACAUCCCAAUGGAUUUGGAUCUGCUGCUGCUGAGAAAGUAUCAGUUGCACUCCACAGAGCUGUGUAAACACGUCAGAACAGGAGCUGGACGUGCCUGGUGGAUGUCUUGUUUUGAGGAGGUUCCACUUAGAUUCAUUUUGCUUCAGCUGGGGACUUGAGUAUGGGAUUUUUAAAAAGCUUGUAAAAAGUGUCAUAAUUACAGAAAUUUGGAAAGGUCUUUUUCAGUAUUAUUGGAGAGGAGAAUUGAUGUUAUAUAAUGAAAAAUUACCAUCUGUAUUAUUCACGUAGCAGACUUCUGUGUAUUAGUUCUGCAUAUUAAUUGGAUGCUCACAUUGUUAUUGAACUAAAAUGUAACUUGCACUGUUCCAAAGGUCUUGAAAAUUAAGUACUAGACACAGGAAGAUAAAACAUUUGCACUCUUAUGUAUUUUUUUCACUUUAAAUGUUCUUUCUUCAGUGAAUGUCUUCUUUUAAAAUUUAAAAUACUCCCUGAAAUUUUUUAGCAGAAAUGUGAUAUAAAAAUAACUUAUUAAAAGGGUGUAAAAAUUGUUAUAUUUAUUGUUUUCUUCCUCUGCCAAAACUGAAUAAAUAUAUUUUCUUGAAACUUCUGUCAAGAGUUUAUUUACAAGUGUCUUGGAAUGCUGUAAUGAUCUUAUUAUCUACUGUCAGUCUGGAGAGUGGUUGAUGAGAGUCAGUGGGUAAUGAACUCAGAUUCACAUACCUUAUUAUUUUAACAUUUGUGUUGUAUUGACUACCUUAAGUGUAGGACUUCCAGUCUCAAUGCCCAAAUUCUAAAAUCUGCAACUGUUUCUGUAAAAGAAAAGUGUGUUUGGUUUAUAAGUGUGGAGCUUAAAUUGAUUUAUAAAGUUAAAAAAAUUUAAAAUUGGAGGUUCAAGCAUGUAUGAAAUUUAGAAUUUCUAAAAACUGAAAAACCUGUGGCUAAGAAAAGAAAAUUUUUUAUAGCUAUUUGAAAGCCUAUUCAGCAACUAACCACCAGAUUUAUAUUAAUAUGUAGUUAGGAAUCAUAGUGCAGGGAUUGAAUUAUUUUAUUAGUGUUGUUGAUAAUAAAAAAAUUAAAAAGACUGAUGUGAAGCACUUUACAUUCAUUUUAGAACAGCGUGAGUGAGGUUCUCUAUACAGUGAUUGUGAUGUACAGAAUAUCUUGCAUGACUUCCAGACCUUGGGAUAGCAUUUUUUGCAUGUAAAACUGGAAAGAAGCUACCUUUGUAACCUGUGCCUUGCCCACUUGCAUUCUCAGCUGUACAGAGCAUAGCUUCCAGCAUGAAUUGCAGCAGUAGAUAGUGCUAUAAAAAAUUUCUUUCAUGUUCAUCUGCUGUGGUCAAAGUCUCUGAUUCAAUGGAAUGGUAAUAACUGUCCUAGAAUUGUGAAAUCUUGAAACAGCUUAUUUUCACUCAGAGAAACUGAGAUACCUAAGAAAAUCAGACCCUCUUAGAUUUUGUUUUCUUUUACAUCAGUUGUAUUCUUCAAGGGGUGAAUAUGAUCCUCUUUGAAUGGGGAAAGUUCAGGGGGUUUUUACCACUUUACAAGUUCUUCAGUUAAUACAGAUCUUUUCUAGCUAACUAUCCUGAGUAGUAUCUGGCAUUUCUGUUAGAAUAGCAUAAAUCAGAUGUGCUGAAAAGGAACCUUGCCACCUUAUUUUUCUCACAAAUGCCUAAGAUUAGAGAGUCCUCUUUAUUGGGUCCUAAAUAAGUGGAGGUGAAAAUCAGUUAGUGACCUCUUUGUCAAAAUAAACCCCAAUGAAAUAACUGGCUUUUUAAUUUCAAGAAUACCUCCUAGAUAGAUUCUGUUGUUUCUCUUCUUUGAGAUGUGUUUUAGGUGUAGUCCUUGUGUGGCUGAAGCUGAAACCUACACUCAACAGAAUUUUGUGUUCUGAUGGACUUGCUAUGCAAAUAGGCUGCAUAACUAUUUUAAAAAAAUGUUACUAAUAUCUUAAAAAGCUGAAGGAGAUGAAAUGUGCAAAAAUCCAUACUGACUUUGUACCAUGAUGUUGAUAAGCGUAGCAGUGAACAUGAUUGCGUGCAAUACUCAUAAUUUAAAUAGAAGGUUCCAUUUUUGCUGAAACCUUGGUAGUUCUGCUGGCUGUGUUGUCUGGGAAAC